CUGACGAAUGACCUAGUUUACAGCCGGAUGCUCGAUCUCAAAAGAACAUGGAAAGAUGGAUGUGGUUUCACUUCCUGAUUAUUUUGAGAAUAUUUGCGUGCAUUUCAGAGAUCUAUGUCCCCUACCAAUGUGCUGAUGGGUACUUUGGCUGGCAUUGUAAGUUUCAGUGCCAGUGUGCUACAGAUGGAGAAGUGUGUAACAAGACAACUGGCUCCUGUCUAAGUGGUUGUACUGGAGACAACUGGGGACCUGGAUGCCUGCUUGAUUCAUCAUGUUAUUAUGACUGCUGUGACGAUGAACGAAAUGGGGGCUUCAAAUAUGCUGGGAAAAUAUCAGGGGAUAGCACAUCAACAUGUUAUUUGUGGACUAAUGCCAGUAUUAAGUACAAACUAAAGGAUGAUGAUGUUCCUGAGAUGAACAUAACUUUAGCAUGGAACUACUGCAGGAAUUCAGAGAUCCUUCCAGGAAAAACACCCUGGUGUAAUAGUAUUGGCGGAUUUAUUUACUGUGAUAUAAGAAAAUGUGAGUGUCCUGACUACCGCUUUGAUGGCCAGAACAACUGUGACAAGGACUGUAGAUGUAGAGACAGCAGUGAGGUGUGUAAUAAGGAAACAGGUGCUUGUUCAAGUGGAUGCUCAGUGGGAUGGGGAGGAACAGGCUGCCAGGACUGUACACUUGGGGAGAAACCUUCAGCCACAUCAACAGCUACUAGUCUCACAGUUAGUUGGAAUACCACAACAUGUAAUCAAUCUGGUGUGCCAGGAAUCCAGUAUGUAUUAGAAUAUGCUGAACUACUUGGUGAUACAUGGCAAUCAAUAGACAAGAGUGGAGAAGAUUGUAAUACCAAGUGUGAGGUCACUGUUUUUAACUUGCUGCCUGAUAUGGUGUACCUGGUGAGGGUGAGGAUAAGACAAGAUGAUAAUCAACUUGGCCCCUUUUUGGAGGAUGAAACCACUCGAGUUAAAACAAUGUGUGACAAGCCUCAUAGAUUUAAUUCCAGCCAGUUCCAUAUACGAGAGGUUUCAGAGUCUAAUAGAAGAGUUAUCAGGGUUACUUGGAAUAAAAUAACUGAUCAAAAUUGGAAGUGCCAGGAUAGAAGAGAGAUUAGAAUUAGGUAUAAGAAUGGAACUGAUGCUAAUGAGGUAACACAAACUGUUGCAGCCAAUGCAACAUACAGAGACUUUGACACUGCUGCCUGCACAGACUGGAAUAUCCGAAUAAAGCUUGUAAAUAAAAAGGACAAUUCUGGCUUUUCAAAGGGAAACACCAUAACAACUUCUACAGUUGUUGCACAAGUUACCUCACUGACAAAAGGCUCCAUUACUCCCAUGUCAGCCACCAUUCAUUGGAGCCCCCCUAGAUUCACUGGCUGUAAUAUAACAGGGUACAAUAUUACAGCAUUCAGGUUACAGGAGGAGUGCAGUCAAUUGUCAGAUCACCAGACAUUUACAUUAUUGAGUGAAAUAACAACACAUUACACAUUUACAAAAUUAUAUCCAAAUUCACAGUAUGAUAUAUCUAUUAAAGCGGUUUCUGGAGCACUUGAGGGGGAUCCACAAUCGCUACAAAUCAAGACUUUAGAAGCAGCUCCUUCAUGUGCUCUUAGUCCAACUGCUAACCACACGAAAAGAUCUGUUACCAUGAGGUGGGCUGAACUCCCAUGUGAUUGUCAAAAUGGACGUAUCAUUGGAUACGACUAUAGCAUUAGACCUGCAAAUGACUCUGACUGUGUCUAUGGAACUAUGGAUAAUUAUACAAGUUCUCUCUCAGUGACCAUUCAUAAGUUAGUGCCAUUUACCAGUUAUGCAUUCCGUGUGCGAGCUAAAAACAAUCAAGGGGUUGGACCCUGGAGCAGCGAGAUCCCAGUAAAAACAUUAGAAGAUGUUCCACCUAAGAUCACGGAUAUCAGAACCAACAGCAAUACCACUGCCAUAGAAAUCCAAUGGAAGGUCCCUUGUCCACCACACGGGGUCAUAACCCGCUAUGAGAUAAAAUACAAGCAGAAGAAUGCUAAUACCUUCUCAGCUCCCAUAAACUGUGAUAGUUGCACUGAUAUUUACUGGAUACAUAAAGGACUGCAAGCAGAUACAGAUUAUGUUGUAAAGGUGAGUGCCUGCACGAAGAGUGGCUGUGGAGCAGACAGUGAUGAAUAUUUUGUAAGGACCACAGAAGGCAGUAAGUUAAUUACAUUUGCUAUAUGUUGAAAUCUAGAGGUAUUCUUGCUUCAUUCUCACUCAGUGUAUGAUAUAUGCGUUUUAUAUAUGCUUUUUACGUCAUCCGUAUUUUCUUUACAUGGAGACUAGACUAUUACUUAUCUUUUAAACAUGUAAUGGUUAUCUGAUAUUUUGAUUUCAGGCUAUGGAAAUGAUUCAUUCUCAUGGCAUCUUUAUCAAAUAAUUAGUUUGUUAUUUAACAUUUAAAGCAAAAAGUUUGGGACACUAUGCCUGAUA